CCAAUUUUCCCUCCGAUUCCACGUUUGGCGGGAAGAAGCCCUCUCAUAAUCUUCGGCUCAUUUGUGCGUGAAAAUAUACCAUUAGUACGUGUUCUCCUCUGUGUGUCCCGCGUGUGUGUUUUUGUGCGUGUGUGGUGUAAAGAGAGAGUGUGUAAGAAAUGGAAGAGGUGGUGGAGGAGGAGUUUUCAGUGUGGAAGAAGAAUACACCGUUGCUGUACGAUCUCGUCAUCUGCCACUCCCUCGAGUGGCCGUCUCUCACCGUACAGUUUGCGCCUUCGUCCGACGGUGGUGAUCUCGCCGUCCACAAAUUGAUCCUGGGGACCCAUACAUCCGAUGGUAUCCCCAAUUUUCUCAUGCUCGCGGACGCGUACCUCCCCCGCGACCCCUCCUCUGCCCUCGCAGUCGACCCCGAGAACUCCAUCAUCCCCAAGGUAGAGAUAGUUCAAAAGAUACAAGUUGAUGGAGAAGUGAAUAGGGCAAGAUGUAUGUUGCAAAAUCAAGCUAUAAUUGCUGCGAAGACCAAUGGUUCCCAAGUAUAUGUAUUUGACUGUACUAAGCAGCUGGAGGCCAAAGGCGCUUCCUGUGAUCCGGACUUGAGACUGAAAGGACAUGACAAGGAAGGAUAUGGCUUGUCGUGGAGCUCACUGAAGGAAGGUUAUCUUUUGAGUGGUUCAAACGAUUGUAAAAUAUGUUUUUGGGAUAUCUCUUCAAUGCCUCAAGAGAAAGUGCUUGAAGCAAACUAUAUUUAUAAGGGUCAUGAAAAUGUGGUUGAGGAUGUGUCAUGGCAUCUAAAGAAUGAAAAUUUGUUUGGCUCCGUGGGAGAUGAUUGCAAGCUAAUGAUUUGGGAUUUACGCACAAACAAGUGCCAACACUCAGUUGUUGUGCAUGAAAAGGAGGUGAACUAUUUAUCCUUCAAUCCAUUUAACGAGUGGGCUUUGGCGACUGCAUCCUCUGAUACCACAGUGGGUCUGUUUGAUAUGCGGAACUUGAGUUCUCCACUGCAUGCUCUUGGCAAUCAUAUGGAAGAGGUUUUCCAGGUAGAAUGGAAUCCUAACCAUGAAACUAUUUUGGCAUCUUCUGCUGAUGACAGAAGGUUGAUGGUUUGGGACCUUAACAGGGUUGGGGAUGAGCAGUUGGAAGGGGAAGCUGAAGAUGGCCCCCCUGAGCUCCUCUUCUCACAUGGUGGUCAUAAAGCAAAGAUUUCAGACUUUUCGUGGAACAAGAAUGAGCCAUGGGUCAUUUCAAGUGUAGCAGAGGAUAAUACAGUGCAAGUCUGGCAAAUGUCUGAGAGCAUCUACCGGGAUGAGGAUGACAUCCAAGCCGCUGAUUUUUCUUAGCUGCUUUCAGAUAAAUUGUACUUAGGAUUAGAAGCUUCUUUCUGCCCGAUUGAACUCCCCUUCAAAAUGUAGAUGACCUGAAAAUCUGUAACUUGUUUGAAAUUAUAAUCUUCGGUAUGCUGAGUUAUGUUACUGAUGCUUUACACUGUU